GGUCGGGGGUAGCACAUAGUGAGAGUCCUGGCGGUCUGUACACAUAUAUAUCUGUGUGUGUUGUAUGUGUUUGUGUGUGUGUAUAUAUAUAAGGUGUGUACGGCAGCAGACAGUCGCCACAGUCGAACGCGCCACCUCGCGCCGCCAGCAACUCGGCCGUUUCACGUUGCUCCUAGUUGUGUCUCAGUUGACAACAAUUUUUUCGAUUUCCCCAUCAGGAUCGAAUUUUUUGGAAACAAUUUCAGACAGUGUGUGUGUCGUUCAAGUGUCGGAAGUAUAUCACCAUGGAGCUCAACUUUGUCGCAAUCAUCAAGUGACCGGGUUCGAUUCUUUUCAAAAGAAACUUUUGCAAUUCUCCCAGGCGAUCCUAUUAACACGGGAAAGUUUUGAAAUCCUGCCGCGACAGCUGCACAAGGAAUAAAACUAACGAGACUCAGGAGCCCUGGAGAGACUAUACCAGUCGGUUGGAAAUCAAUUUCAUUUGAGACACACACGCGCGGCCAAAAGAUGGAUGAGGAGGCCGAACAGCAGCUGACCGCUCAGUUAUCCGGCGGAGGAGGCCAGCAGCAGCAGCUGGAUGCGACGACGGCCUCAGCAUCGCCUGCCAGCCACCAGCAGCGAAGGUCUUUAGCUUCGCUCCUGUCCAUCAAACGGGAGCCCAGGAGACCCAAGACGCCGUCCGUCGUCGUUACCGACGAAACGACUCACCUGUCGGAGCUGACGGCCAUUCCGGUGACGAGUCGAAUCAGUUUGAGCUUCAAGAACAAAUCGAAUAAAGGAGCAGCGACGUCGGCCACUUCUUGUACGUCUCCGGCCGGUUCGUGCGGCGGUGGCGGUGACGGCCAUCACGCUAGCGGCUCCCGAACGACGGCCAUGGCCGUCAAUGGGGGAACUCUCGAGAGUAUCGUAGCUCUCGAAUCGGCAGAUCCGACAGCGGCAACCACGGCGACGGCCAGUGACGUCACAACGUCAUUAACAGUCCCAGUCGAGGCUUCGGCGACGGUCACGACGGGAUCGAGCGGCUCAUCACCGGCCACUACACCUCAACUGUCGCUUCUACGUCGCUGCUGUCACGAACGCGUCCGCAAAUCGAUAUGGGGCGUCGUGAUCAUGUGCAGCGUGUCGGCAGCCUGGGUGGGAGCCACCCACCUCCUGAAAUCCACAUUCCGGACCGUCCAUCAUGUGGCGGCCGUCCUGGUCGUCCAGCACGUCGCCGACAGCAGCGCCGCCGGUGGCGCCAACUAUUCGGCCGUGGGCACCACCUUGACGGCCACUUCCACCACCACCACGCCCAUUUACCCAGACAUUUACCCUCACCACUACGACGAUUCUGGUGAACAUCAGCAAGAGCCGGUGAAACCCCUGGGCGAAGAGUACACGUACGACGCGUCGUUUUUCAGCACCUGGACCAUGACGGCCUGGACGUCGCUCUUCCUGCCGCUCUACGCUCUUUGCUGCGCGCUCAGUUGCCGCUUCAGUCCGCGCCAAUUGGCCGCAGAGCUCAGAGAUUCCGUCCUGGCAUUCCGUGACAAAGGAUUCACAUUAGGGACUUUUAUCGGACGCUGUUGCCUCUUUUGUCUACUGUGGGUCGGGACCAAUUGGAUGUACAUGUACGCCCUGAGCGUUUUAGACGCUACCGACGUCAUGGCACUUUUCGCCACCAACGUAUCGUUCGUCUACCUCCUCUCCUGGGUCGUCCUCCACGACCAAUUCGUCGGCCUACGAAUUGUGGCCGUCAUUUUGUGUAACACGGGUAUUGCUCUGCUGGCCUACAUGGACGGCAUAACUCGAUCGCCGACGCUGGGCGGAGUCGUCCUAGCGGCCGCCGCAUCCGCCGGAUCCGCAGUUUACAAAGUGUCGUUCAAACGGAUUUUCGGCGAGGCCACUUACGGUCAGGUGUCGUUCUUCUUCUCGCUGAUUGGACUCCUCAAUGUCGUCCUCUUAUGGCCGGUCGUCUUAUUAUUACACUUUACCGGGCUGGAAGUCAUCACUUGGAAUCGAGUGCCUUGGAUCCAGCUGGCUGUCGCCGGAACACUUUCCCUCGCUGCCAACUUGCUGGGCAACUUCGGACCGGCUUUAACUUACGAGGUUUUCAUUCAUCUCGGUCUGGUGCUGGCCAUUCCAGUCUCUGCAGUGCUUGACGUCAAUCUCAACGGGGUCGUUUUCGAAGGCAUGAAAUUGGCUGGGACAAUCAUGAUCGUCAACGGCUUUCUCUUGGUUCUACUGCCGGAAAACUGGCCCGAUUACUUGACCCGUUUGCUCAGAUGGGGGAGACAUUUGAAUCAUCACCCGGGACUGCCGACGACGGCGCCCGUCGACCUACGGACGGGUUACAUAAGCCGCUCGCAUUUGCGUUCGCCGUCGGGACGGGUCAGGUGACUGUCAAAGAUCAAAGAGACCGGACCGAGUCUGUCACCACCUUCAUCUUCAAAGGGUUUGACACCGGAGAGAAUAAGACGUGCGUCCAACAUUCCAGAUGAUCCAAUGCUCCGCAGCAACGAAAAAGAAAAUUGAAAAAAAAAACGUGAAUUUUAUUUUACUACUAUUUUUUCAAAUUUUAUUUAAAUUUGAUAUUUUUUCGAAGGGGGAAAAAUCGUCCAUUUUUUUAUCUCGCCAUCUGUCUCAUUGUUCUCGAAAAUUGCGCAAUCGAUACUGUUUGAAAUGUUGGCCGUUAGAUGGCUGUCGUGUCUACUUUGUCUCAACAAAUUCAAUGUUCCGUUCGACCGUUAGAUGGCAGCCAAAUUCCGAUUGUCUAGCAAUAAUCAAUUGAAUACUACUCCCCAAAGCCAAAAAAACAAGAAGCAAUUUUUGCUGUUGCUUUCUCUUCUAUAAAAAGACAAAAAGAAAAUGUUAUAUGUCCAACAUAAAAAAAAAAAAAUCAAUUGUGUAAAUAAUCGACGUUGCCCGUUCGAUGUUGUUGCUGUUAUUUCAAAAUGCUGUCGAAAAAACCAAAAAAACUCCGUGUGUCUAGUUGUUGUUGUUUCUCAACCGGUUGUGUUACGAGUCCAAACUGGAUAAAAUUCCCCGCGAAUUUCAAAAGAAAUCAGAUAUCCCAAGACAAAUUAAGUAGUAAAAUUUAUUCUGACGAGAUGGAAAUCUAUCCAGACGUAUACAAUCUCUAUUUUUGCGAGCCGCGGUUCACGUAACAUCGUCGAUAGAAAUCAAAUCACACAGACACAAAACAAUCCGACGUCAUUAUCGAAAUAAUUUGACUGUGCCAAAAAAAGGAGACAAAGACGGAAAUGCAUCAAACGACCGAAUCGAAUAAAGAUUCCUAUCAAAGAAAAUUGUAACGUGAAAUAAUAAAAUAAAAAAUAAAAUAAAAAUACACCGUGAAACUUUCCAAAAUAUUUAUCCUUAUCGCGCAGAUUUUCCGCGCUUUUUUCAAAAAAAUAAAAACUAAAAUAUCCCAACAUUUCUCUCUAACUCCUUAGGCUAUGCGCACACAGUAGUUUGAUUCUCUUGCCUGAUGCCAAAACGACAGGUUGAUUUGAAUUUGCAAUUGCUGUGUGUAUGUGUUCGCAUUGUUUGCGUGCGUAAUCCUAUCCUGUCGA